CUAGAAGCAGGAGUUGGUUAAGCGAAGCGGAAAGAGAAAGGGAGUAAGCGGAGCUGUCACCGCGCUGGUAUUUUGGGUUUGGAGUGUUGUGGUGUGGGAGCAAAAAAAAGAAGAAAAAAAAGAAAAAAGUAAGACGGGACGAAUACGCGAAAAAGCGACAGACUUAGCGAGAGGACAUGGCGGAGGUCAGCGAGGUUCUGAUGUCGGUGUUGUCCACUAUUCGUGUGCCGAGGCCCGGAGACCGCGUUCAUAAAGAUGAGUGUGCGCUGUCAUUCGCCUCUCCGGAAAGCGACGGAGGCCUGUACGUCUGCAUGAACUCUUUCCUGGGCUUGGGGAGUCGCUUUGUGGAGCGUCAUCACGCCCGGACCGGGCAGAGAGCUUACCUGCACAUCAAGCGCACGCUCAAGCCUCACGUCCAGAAAGAGGAUGAUGGCAGUACCGGGUCAGGAGAUCCUCCCAAGAAGAAACCCACUCGCCUGGCUAUAGGGAUUGAGGGUGGAUUUGACGUGGAUCAGGAGCAGUAUGAGGAAGAAGUCAAGGUUGUUCUUUUCCCAGACAGACAGGAAGUGACAUCAGAGGACCUGGCUACUAUGCCAGAUGUAGUGAGAGAGCGGGUGUCGCUGUCGAUGGCGGGGUUGCUGGCUGCAGAUUCUGUAUCACAAGCUCUGCAGGUGCAGCAGUGGGAUGGAGAAGUGAGACAGGAGUCCAAACAUGCAGCUGAACUCAAGCAGCUUGACAAUGGACUCAAAAUUCCUCCUAGUGGGUGGAAGUGUGAGGUGUGUGAACUGCAGGAGAACCUGUGGAUGAACUUGACGGAUGGCAAGGUGCUGUGUGGGCGAAGAUAUUUUGACGGUUCGGGUGGAAAUAACCACGCUCUUCAGCACUUCCAGGAGACAGGCUACCCGCUGGCCGUCAAACUGGGCACCAUCACACCUGACGGAGCGGAUGUUUACUCAUAUGAUGAGGACGACAUGGUUUUGGAUUCUAAGCUAGCAGAGCAUCUCAGCCACUUUGGCAUUGAUAUGAUGACCAUGGAGAAGACAGAACACACUAUGACUGAAUUAGAGAUUGCUGUGAAUCAGCGUGUGGGUGAGUGGGAGGUGAUCCAGGAGUCUGGCACCACACUGAGGCCUCUCUGGGGUCCUGGUCUUACGGGUAUGAAGAACCUGGGCAAUAGCUGCUACCUCAACUCGGUCAUGCAAGUGCUCUUCACCAUCCCCGACUUCCAGGAAAAGUAUGUGUCCAGCAUUGACAAGAUCCUGGAUGAAGCUCCAAGUGAUCCCAGUCAAGACUUUAAGACACAAGUAGCAAAACUGGGCCAUGGUUUGCUCUCAGGAGAACACUCGAAGCCCGCUCCAGACCCAGGCGAUGACCCCAGUGCGUCCCCUGAACCCAGGGGAGAUCAGGUGGGCAUUGCACCACGCAUGUUCAAAGCCCUCGUUGGUCGGGGCCAUGCUGAAUUUUCUACUAAUCGACAACAAGACGCUCAGGAGUUUUUUCUUCACUUCAUAAACAUGGUGGAGAGGAACUGCAGGUCUGGACCAAACCCGUCUGAAGCUUUCCGCUUCCUGGUGGAGGAAAAGAUCGUGUGCCAGCAGUCUCAGAAGGCCAAAUAUACACAGAGAGUGGACUAUAUAGUUCAGCUGCCUGUGCCUAUGGACCAGGCCACAAACACAGAAGAGCUACAGGAGGCCGAGCGUCUGCGGGAAGAGGCGGAGUCAUCUGGAAACCCACCUCCCUGUGCACCUCGAGCUCAAAUCCCAUUCAAAGUUUGCAUGAACGCUCUCAGUGAGCCGGAGACACUCACAGACUUCUGGAGCUCUGCGGUACAGGGCAAGACCACUGCCACCAAGACCACACGCUUUGCUUCAUUCCCUGAUUACCUUGUCAUCCAAAUCAAGAAAUUUACUUUUGGCCUGGACUGGGUCCCUAAAAAACUGGAUGUUAGCAUAGAUGUUCCUGAUACACUGGACUUGAGUGAUCUUCGGGCAACCGGACAGCAACCUGGAGAGGAGCUUCUACCAGAGGUGGCCCCGCCCCCUCUCAUGACCCCUGACGUGGAGGUCAAAGGUAUCCUGGGUUCCCACGGCAACGAGGAGGACGACUCUCUCUAUUCCCCACUGCUGUCUCCUGUGUUGGAUGAGUCCACAGUGUCUCAGCUGUGUGAGAUGGGCUUUCCUCUCGAGGCUUGCAGGAAGGCAGUGUAUUACACAGGAAACACUGGCAUCGACGCUGCCAUGAACUGGGUUAUGGGGCAUAUGGACGAUGCAGAUUUUGCUGCUCCCUUGGUGUUACCAGGCUCUAGUUCUGCUCUUGGAUCCACACCCACCGAAAGCCUGUCAGAAGAGCACCUGGCCACCAUCGUCUCCAUGGGCUUUAGCCGAGAUCAAGCCUCACGUGCUCUCAAGGCUACGAGUAAUAUUCUUGAGAGGGCAGUGGACUGGAUCUUCUCCCACCUGGAUGAUCUGGAGUCUAUGGAGGUGUCUGAGGGCGGUCGCUCAGAGGGAGUCAGUGAAGCCAGCCGAGAUGCUCCGCCCGGACCACGCGUUCGUGACGGACCGGGAAAGUACGAGCUGUUUGCUUUUAUCAGUCACAUGGGCGCGAGCACAAUGUGUGGCCACUACGUCUGCCACAUCAAAAAGGACCAACAAUGGGUAAUCUUUAAUGAUCAAAAAGUGUGCGCCUCUGAGAAACCCCCGAAGGACCUGGGCUACCUGUACUUUUACAGGAGAAAGGCGGAGUAGAAGACUUAAUUUACACACACACGCACACACACACGUUGUCUUAGCUGCUGAGGGAUGCGAGGGGAGGGUGGGCAUUCUCAAGCUUCUGAACUGACACAGGUUUUUGUUUGAGCAAUUCAAGCACUUCUUCCUUUUAUACUGCAUCCGACCAGCCAGAGGAGGGUCCCAGUGGAGUGAGCAGUGCUGCAGGACUCGCUGAUAGCACAAGUGACCUCUUACUUUCUUUCUCUCUCUCCCUCUCUCGGUUUCUCUCUCUUUCUCUCUCGCCCUCCCCUGGCUUUGUGAUGGUUAUUGUGCAGUCAUUGCUUCUAGAGCUAGGCUCUACCUUUUUUUUUUUUUUUGUUGUUGUUCUUGUUGUUGUUGUUGUUGUUGUUGGUUUUCUCCCAUCUGCUCCAAAUAAACAAGGUUUCUCCAAGAAGGACGUAGAUCACUACAGGACAUGAUUCUAACAUAAAAGGGUACACACUGAAGAAAAAAAAAAAAAAGAAAAACUAGAUGCAAAACCAAGCCAAACAGGUUGUGCUGUCAUGUGUUGCAAGCCUGAUAGCUGAAGGGUUUCUUUUUCUCCUUUUUUGGGGAAAUCAAUUAGUUUUGUUCUUUCUGCUUUGAAAAAAAAGGAAAUAAAAGAUGUCUCUUUGCCAGUAAA